CGAAAUUAUCUGAGAAACAACUGUCCUGGGCCCAUGUGCGUCGAGAUCAUUGAGUAUGAAAAAGUCCGGGAGACCCUCAUGGAUUAUGUGAAGGGGGAUGUGAAAGUCUGGAUUGGAUCUCAGUACACCAAUUAUGGAGUGUAUGAAAUUAUACCCAAGAAUAAGCUUCUAUCUGAGAGCUACUCCCCAAUCAUGAUGACAAAAUCUGUGAAAAAUGAGAAGAGCAGCACAGUUACUGAGGACUUGUCACAUCCGAGAUGCCGUGGCAGUCAUUGAGUAUUUGGUGUGGUUGGAAAAGAACAUCCCUACCAAUACAGUGUCUGAAUUGAGCGGCGCACAAUAUGUAGAUGGACUACGAGCGAAGCAGGAACAUUCUAAAGGGCCGAGUUUUGAAACCAUUUCUGCAGGCGGUCUGAAUGCGGCUCUCGCACACUAUAGCGCAACAAAUGAUACCAACCGACAGUUGACUGUGAAUGAAAUGUACCUGGUGGACUCUGGAGGACAGUAUCUUGAUGGAACGACUGACAUUACAAGAACCGUUCACUGGGGGAAACCUACUGCUUUUGAAAAAGAAACUUACACUCGGGUCCUGAUGGGGAAUAUUGAACUGAGUAGACUUGUAUUCCCACCACAAACAUCGGGAAGACUUGUAGAAGCGUUUGCCAGGGAAGCCCUAUGGAAGGCGGGACUGAAUUAUGGACAUGGAACUGGACAUGGAAUAGGAAACUUUUUUGCGGUUCAUGAGUGGCUUACCAAAAAGGUCAUUUCAGUCCAGCAAUAUCGCAUUGACCAAAGGAAUGUUCUCAUCAAUUGAACCGGGCUACUACCAUGAUGGAUAUUUUGGUAUUCGGAUUGAGGAUAUUGUACUGGUGGUGGAGGCAAAUACUAAGGUCAUCUUUUUGUUUUCUAGCUAAAUUCGGUCUGAUGUGAUGUUGGCUUGCAACAAAUAUGUGCAAUAUUAUUAACAAUACUCUUGAAUUAGAAUAAUCCGCUAUGUUAACAAAUAUUACGAGAAGAUCAGACAGAUCAUGCUGCCGGAGCUGCAGAGACAGGGCCGCCAUGAGGAGUACAAGUGGCUGGAGAAAGAACACGGAGCCUCUGUCUCCGGGGACCAUUGUGACGGCCUCUCUGGGUGUUCUGUGUGUAUCUCUCAUCACCAGUCUGUUCCUCCAGUAG